GACGCCUGUUUGCCGUCUACAGCGCCGGAGGAACUGAGCCGGAGGAUGAACCAUCGCUCCGUUGUCUACAGUUUGUCCGGCAGCGUCCUUCAGUGCCCCUACAUCUUGAGCUCGAUUCCUGUGCUGUAAUCCGAGCAUAUCGAGAUCCAAGAGUAGCCUUUGACGGACUGACGGAGUAAUCAAGCCUAUCCCGAACCGACUCACCCUUGUGAUACUCUUGACGGCGCCCAGAGAUUCGACCUCGCAUCGGAUGACCGAUCGACAUGCCAACUCCAUACGAGCAGUUCUUCCUGUUUGGUGAUUCCAUCACCCAGGACUCCUUCAACCAAGAGAGAGGAUUCGGCUUUUCUGCAGCACUUCAGGCUGACUACAUUAGACGACUCGAUGUAGUCAAUCGUGGCUUUAGCGGCUAUAAUACCCGACAGGCCCUCCGCGUGUUGCCCAGCAUCGUGCCCUCUCCAGAGCAGGCCAAGAUUCGCUUCCUGACGGUUUUCUUCGGUGCCAACGAUGCCUCGCUUCCGGAUGCUCCGAAUAAGCAACAUAUCCCCCUGGACGAGUACAAGGCCAACUUGGAGAAGAUCAUCACGCACCCGCAGAUUGUAGCCCACAACCCUCGCAUAAUCUUGAUCGCUCCCCCGCCGAUCAACGAGCAUCUAUGGUGGCCGAGAGAUCAAUCGUCGGGAUAUGGCUCAGUUACAAGGACCGCCGCCGCCACCAAGCAGUAUGCUGAUGCCGUUGUUGAGCUCGGUGCAGAGUUCAAAAUACCUGUUGUCAACCUAUGGAAAGCUUUCAUGGCAAAGACCGACUUCCAGAUUGAUGCAUGGAAGGUUGGUGACUUCCUUCCAGGUUCGCUGGAGACAGCGCAGAACGACGCCUUGGUAGAGUUGAUGUACGAUGGUCUUCACUUCCAUCCCGCUGGCUACCAAAUUUUGUUCGAGGAAUUGACAAAGGUUAUCGCUGAUGUGUGGCCCGAUCAGGCACCAGGGAAGCUGCCAACUGUUUUCCCGGGGUGGAACGAUGAAGAUGCUUGGGCCGCUUGGACAGCAUCGCAACAGUCAGCUUGAAUGAUCAAUUAGAAAUAAGAUAGACAAAGCACGUUUGACUUGAACGCUGUACCAGUUUUCCAUAGUAAAUGUCGGUCGGUGGUGACGCGGUGACCUUAGCCCCGCCGAGCUAAGCUCCGUGGCGUGUCUCCAAACAGAGCUCCCGAAUCGACAACACCAAA